GUUUUUUACAGAAUAUUACAGUAAAGUAGCAAAUGUGAAAAUUGUCGCACGUGAAGUAUUAGAAUAUUUGGUGAUACAAUUGAUGCCGGACGUAUUUUCAAUAUUACUUUUUAAUCUGUCCAGCCAUAAACAUUUCAUAGAAAAAAUUGAAUUUUGUGUUCUAAAAUAAUUCGCUUUGUAAGGUCGACCAGUGCGAGCUCUUGGGCAUUGCAAUAUGGCGUUCUCCACCCAGAAAGAAUUCUUUCAUGUGCCUUUUAUGAACGAGACGCUUGAGUUUGAGUGCAAGGAAGCUUGUGUCAAGCUAAAAUCCUAUCCAUCUUCAUUCGAUGAUCGCUCUUGGUCCGCCGACGAGGACAAGAAGUCUCGUUUUGUCUCCGAUCUGGUGGCUUGCAAUACGCCAUUUAUUUGGCGCACUGGUGAUGGUGCCGGAGGCAAAGGAGGCGGGCCCGGUGGUGGGCCUGAUGAUGGUUCUGAUGGUGGACCUGAUGGUGGACGUGAUGGUGGUCGUGAUGGUGAUCGUGAUGGUGGUCGUGAUGGUAAACCUGAUGGUAGGCGUGAUGGUAAGCCUGAUGGCAGGCGUGAUGGUAAACCUGAUGGUAAGCCUGAUGGUAGGCGUGAUGGUAAGCCAGAUGGUAGGCCUGGUGGUAGGUCUGAUGGUAGACCUGAUGGUAGGUCUGAUGGUAGGUCUGAUGGUUGGCCUGAUGGUAGGCCUGAUGGUAGGUCUGAUGGUAGAAGUCCUGAUGGAAGGUAUGGCGAUGGUGAUGGUGAUGGUGAUGGCCGAACUGGCGGCAGAGCAGGAAAACCUGGGCAGAAACAGCAGGACCCAGGUAAGGGCGACAGGUCCGGCACAGAUCAGGGUCAAGGACGCGGCAGUCCAAGCGGUUCAGGAACUAGCGGACAAGGUAAAAGAAGUCCAGGUCAAGAUCAGGGUGAUUAUGGACCGGGUCAGGGACCUGGCCAACAAUCAAAUCAGGGUGACGAAUUCUAUGGAGAUCCUAGUCAAAGGGAUGCAUAUGGUACACCCUCUGGUCGGAAUCAAGAUGAUCCGCGAUCCCGAAAUCCAACAGAUCCUAGUCAAAUGGAUGCAUAUGGUACACCUUCUGGUCGGAAUCAAGAUGAUCCGCGAUCACGACAACCAACAGAUAAUGACGGACGAGGCGGACCAAAUCAAGGCAAGGACUAUUGGGAUCCCCAAAACGAUGGUCAGUCACCUGGGGGACGUGCAGGGCCACAACGUCAGGAUGAUCAAGAUCCUGGUGAUCGGGGGAAAGGACGUCCAGGUCGAGGUCCGAAAAAACGGCCUUGUGGGCCGAACAGUUGUCAGGGUACUUGUACUCGUAACAGCUGUAAGCAUGGACCAUCUAAAAAACGGCCUGAUCAAGAAGGUAAAGAUCGUCCAGAACAAGACGAACCACGACCUGGGCAGGAUAUUUGUCAGGAUUGCUGUCGGGGGAUGUUUGGUCCUGGAGGUCCGGGUCCAGGAGGUAGUGGAGGUCCUGGAAGACCACCCGGUGGUCCGGGAGGUUAUGGAGGUCCUGGUGGACCACCUGGUGGUUCAGGCCCGGGAGGUUAUGGUGGACCACCUGAUGAUCCGGAUCCAGAUGAUGAGACUCCUUGUCAAUGCUCGGGAUCUUUCAAGGGCCCACCUGGUGGCAAAGGGUCGAAUCGGGGCGAUUUGAAUGGCGACAGCCUUCUGGUCGCUGCGGACGACACUAUUGAGACCCUGAAAAACGUAUUGGUUAACAACAGAAUAAUUGAUCCAAUUGAUUCUCGAGGUCCUAAGGCUACCCGUAAAAUGCAAAAUCCAGAAAUCCAACGCAUAAUGCAACAGCGCUAUAAUCCUGAAAUAAGUCAAGCGUUUGAUAAUAAAAUUAGAGAAUUAUCAGAUGCUAGAAAGAUAAACAAUGCCGAUGAAAGGGAACUGCGAAAUAUCCAAAGGGCCGUCGAUGCUAUGAAUAAGUCGCAAGAUAUUUUAGAAGCUGAAAAUGGUAAUCUAAGAAGAAUACUUGAAAAACAGGCGAGGCGUGCUUCGAUGGAUAGCAUUAAAAUUGACCCAGAAAGAAACAACGAUGUCCAAUAUUUACAAAAUAAGAUAAACAGUUUGGCCAAGGAGUUGGCAAUACUGCGAAAGGCUGAGGACGAAUUUUUAAGAUCUGGAGGAAAACGCGGCGGAAAUACAGGUUUUGAUUCAAACAUGGAUGCCAAUGGACUUGAAAUUAUGUUGGCUGAACGCGAGUCUCUCCGCAACAAAAUUAUGUCAUUGGGGUCGCUCGACGAUUUGUCGAAGGCUUCGCAGAAAAGGGCUAGAGAGAAUGUUGAGCUCGCGAAAACUGUCAAUCAGCAAAAUCGUUGCAUUUGUGACAUGGAGAAUGACAUUCAUGAAAUGCAGCAAUACUAUGAAAAUGAAGUCGAGAAAACCAAAUAUAACGAGGAAGUCCUUAAGUGUCGCUGUAAUGAGCUCCAGCAGCAAGUGGUGACUCUCCAGCCGGCGAAGCAGCGUGCGGACGUUAUGCACAUGGAAAUUGAUGUUCUGAGAAAUGAGUUGCGUAAACGUGAUUUAGCGUUGAAUUCCUACGAUUGCCAGUAUCAGCAGCUAAUGGCCGUUAUAUGUGAACUAAAUCAAAAAUAUGGGAAUCAACGUUCUGACUGCCCGCCGUUUGAUGAACCACCAGACUGUCCCGAUGUUGGGGAUGAUUUGGCCUUCUAUACGAGUGUCACUUUGGAACACAUCAUGAACGAGCUGAGUAAACAAGCCGAUUGCUUUAAGCAAAUGAGUGAGGAUAAGUAUGGCGGUGGUGGGAGUAUCAACAAUUUAGAUGACUGCGCGAACGAGCUGGAACGCUUGCGGAAUUUGUUAAAGGCUAAGGAUGGCCAGUUGGGUGAUCUGAUUGAGGAGAAUGACUGCAUGUGUGAAGCCGCUAUGCAAAGCAAAAAGCGACUCAACGAAUUAGAUAGGAAAGUGCAGCAACUUGAUGAUGACACAAGGUAUAUGGAGGAAGGUAUGCGAGAGAGCAUUGGACUAAUACAUGAUAUUGGGGAUGUUGCCAGAGAGAAUGAUAAACUGAAGGGUAAGGUCGAUGACUUGAAAGCAAGGGAAUUACAGAAACGGUUGGAAGACUGCAUUCAAAACAGGGAGAUGUGCGAAGAAGUAAAUAAAGCUUAUCAAUCUGCGUUGAAGGAUCUCGGAGUGAAUCCUGAUGAUAUUGCAAAUGAAGCCAAAAGUAAAUUGGAAGAAAAGCGGAAAGCAGAGGAGGAGGCCAGGAGAGCAGCGGAAGAAGCGAGGAAAGCGAGAGAAGCCGAACAAAGACCAGGCGCAAGGCCUGGAGAUACUGCUGCCAGAAGGCCUGGUGAUAUGACUACAGAUUCUGUAACCGGAAUACCUGGUGAUAUAACCGGAGCUUCAGCAGGCAGAAAGCCUGGUACUGCGCCUUCAGAUUCAGGGCCCGAAAGAUUUGGUGUUACGCCCGGAGAUUCAGCAGUCGGAAGACCUGGUCAAUGGCCCGCGGAUUCAGAAGGCGGAGAGCCUGGAUAUUCAGCAGUCGGAAGACCUGGCGAAUGGCCCGCGGAUUCAGGGCCUGGGGAACCUGGAGCUGCGCCCGGUGAUUCAGCAGCUCGAAAGCCGGGGCUUAUGCCUGGAGACUCGGCAGGCGAAAGGCCUAGUGAAUGGCCCGCGGAUUCAGUAGCCGGAAAACCUGGUGAACGGCCCGGAGAUGUAGCAGCCGGAAGACCUGGUGCUACACCCGGAGAUGUAGCAGCCGGGAGACCUGGUGCUACUCCCGAAGAUAUAGCAGCCGGAAAACCUGGUGCCACGCCCGAAGAUAUAGCAGCCGGAAAACCUGGUGCCACGCCCGAAGAUAUAGCAGCCGGAAGACCUGGUGCCACGCCCGAAGAUAUAGCAGCCGGAAGACCUGGUGCCACGCCCGAAGAUAUAGCAGCCGGAAGACCUGGUGCUACACCUGGAGAUGCAGCUGGGAGACCUGGUGCAACACCCGGAGAUGCAGCUGGGAGACCUGGUGCUACGCCCGAAGAUGUAGCAGCUGGGAGACCUGGUGCUAGGCCCGAAGAUGUAGCAGCUGGGAGACCUGGUGCUACGCCCGAAGAUGUAGCAGCUGGGAAACCUGGAGCUAGGCCCGAGGAUGUAGCAGCUGGAAGACCUGGUGCUACACCCGGAGACUCAGGAGCCGGGAAACCUGGUGCUACACCCGGAGAUGCAGCAGCUGGGAGACCUGGUGCUACGCCCGGAGAUGCAACAGCCGGAAAACCUGGAGAUGCAGCAGCUGGAAAACCUGGAGAUGCAGCAGCCGGAAGACCUGGAGAUGCAGCAGCCGGAAAACCUGGAGAUGCAGCAGCCGGAAGACCUGGAGAUGCAGCAGCCGGAAAACCUGGAGAUGCAGCAGCCGGAAAACCUGGAGAUGCAGCAGCCGGAAAACCUGGAGAUGCAGCAGCCGGAAAACCUGGAGAUGCAGCAGCCGGAAAACCUGGAGAUGCAGCAGCCGGAAAACCUGGAGAUGCAGCAGCCGGAAAACCUGGAGAUGCAGCAGCCGGAAAACCUGGAGAUGCAGCAGCCGGAAAACCUGGAGAUGCAGCAGCCGGAAGACCUGGUGCUAUGUCCGGAGAUGCAGCAGCUGGAAAACCUGGUGCUACGCCUGGAGAUGCAGCAGCCGGAAGACCUGGUGCUAUGUCCGGAGAUGCAGCAGCCGGAAAACCUGGUGCUACGCCUGGGGAUUCAGGAGCCGGAAAACCUGGUGCCACGCCCGGAGAUGCAGCAGCCGGAAAACCUGGUGCUACGCCUGGGGAUGCAGCUGCCGGAAAACCUGGUGCCACGCCCGGGGAUUCAGGAGCCGGAAAGCCAGGUGCCACGCCCGGGGAUUCAGGAGCCGGAAAACCUGGUGCCACGCCCGGAGAUGCAGCAGCCGGCAAACCUGGUGCUACGCCCGGAGCUGCAGCAGCUGGGAAACCUGGUACUACACCCGGAGAUGCAGCAUCUGGAAAACCUGGUGCUACACCCGGAGAUGCAGCAGCUGGGAAACCUGGUGCAAAACCCGGAGAUGUAGCAGCUGGGAGACCUGGUGCUACGCCCGAAGAUGUAGCAGCUGGGAGACCUGGUGCUACUCCCGGAGAUGCAGCAGCUGGAAAACCUGGUGCUCCGGCUAAAGGUGCAGGGGCCGGAAAACUUGGUGCUACGCCCGGAGAUGCAGCAGCUGGGAGACCUGGUGCUACGCCCGGAGAUGCAGCAGCUGGGCGACCUGGUGCUACGCCCGGAGAUGCAGCAGCCAGAAAACCUGGUGCUGCGCCCGGUGAUUCAGCAGCCAGAAAACCUGGUGCGACGCCCGGUGAUUUGGAAGCCGCUGCGGCGGCUGGCGAUAAGAGUGGUUUUGCGCAGGCUAAACAGGUAGGUCGACCAUCCAGACAACCUGGUGCUAAGCCUGGUGGUGUUGGUGUUGUUGGUGUUGGUGGUGGUGGACCAAGGGAACAGGCUCAAAAGUCAGGCGGUGAUGGUUUCGAUGCACGAGGCCAUAAAACCGCUGGACACAAAGGAAAAAGGACAGGUGGUUCAAAAAUGGAUGAUACUACUGAAGAGCAGUUCGACGAGUUUGUGAAAAACACAGCGCAAACGUUAGCAGCCGGCGAGAUUGAUGGUGCUGGCUUGGAAAGGGAAUUACGUAAAAUAUUGGAUAUGUUUAUCGAUGAGUGUGGAUUUUGUUUCUGCAAAUGCAACAUUCCAAAAAGUCGCUUCUAUGCUAUCUGCCAUAAGCUCUACCAUUAUGGGCUGCAUACGUUAGACUUUAAGGAUCUCGCUUACAUGCACAAGCGUAUAUUUGCUGCCGCAGAGAACAUUCUGCCAGGUUGUCUGUUUAAUAUGAUAAUGAAGGAUAUAUUGUCCUUAAAUCCACAGAGCCUCAUUCCAUCAACAUCCGUUCAAAACAAACAGUGUUGUACUUGCAAGAGCUCACUCUGCUGCGAUGACACUGAAGACAAACUUAUGAUAAAAGUAAUGCGUCUCGAAAAUGACAUUGAGAAUGCCAAGGUGUGCUUAAAGAAUUUAAAAAGCAUUCCAUCUAAUCUUUCUAUACGUGAUUACCGUAUGGAAGCUGGCGAUUGUCCAGCAAAGGAUCGUGUGCUGCGUUCUACUCGUGGGGGGAAUUCUAUCACUAUUUACAAAGAAAUUAAGCAAGCACGACGUGCUAAGAAGGAACUUUGCACAAACAAUUGAAUAUUUUUUUUUGUGUUUUUUAUCAUUUGGGUUGGAUAAAGUAAUAAGUCCUAUCAAGCGCUCAGGGAUAAAGAUCCA